AGAGACCGCUUGUUUAUCUACGGACCUUGCUAUCACUACGCUGUCAACUUGGAAUCUAACCUAAAAUUAAGCCAAUGUGUGACGCGUGUUGUCCGAGUAAUAGAGAAGGAAAAGACUGAUUAUAAUGGUGGAAGAAUUACACUUGUUAGGAUAAUUGUACCAACAAAUAAUGGCAUCGGUCGUAGCACGUGGUAAGAGCUGGAAAGAGCACAACCGCCUACACAAGGAACAACGCAAAAAGUGGAGAGAAGAGAGACUAAUAAAAAAAGUGAAGAAAGAAGAGAGCGAAAAUCUUGCAGAAGAGAUCAAAAAGUCAAACGAGUCUGAGAAAAUAUUGACAAAAAACGUAUCCACUGUAAGUAUCGCGGUGCCUGGUUCGAUUCUGGAUAAUGCGCAGUCACCAGAAUUGAGAACUUAUUUAGCAGGCCAGAUUGCGAGAGCAGCAUGCAUAUAUAAAGUUGAUGAAGUAAUCGUGUUUGAUGAUAUGGGAGAAGUCUUAGAGGAAGAAAAAAAGAAACUGAGACAUGAUGAAAUAUUCGGAGAGGUCAGAGUCGGAUGUUUGCAACUUGCUAGAAUAUUGCAAUACCUAGAGUGUCCGCAAUAUCUGCGUAAAUAUUUUUUUCCCCUUCAUAAAGACCUCCAGUACGCAGGAGUUCUGAAUCCUUUGGACGCUCCACAUCACUUAAGACAACAGGAUGAGUCUGUGUUUCGUGAAGGCAUCGUCACUAACAAACCUACAAAAGUUGGAAGAGGAUCCCAAGUCAACGUUGGACUGCUCAACGACGUCACAAUUGACAAAGUUCUGGCAUCUGGUCUUAGGGUCACUGUUAAAAUACCUGCAGAACAGAAAAACCCCAAAAAACUGAAAGGUAUCGUUGUGCCUCCGAGUAUGCCGAGAGCACACACAGGAACUUACUGGGGUUAUAGUGUCAGAAUAGCAAACAAUUUGACACAAGUAAUAACAAAUAGUCCUUACAAGGAAGGUUAUGAUUUGACUAUUGGAACUUCGGAUAAAGGAACUUCUGCAGACCAUGUCGCGUCAAAUAGCCUUGCAUACGAUCAUGUUCUCAUUGUUUUUGGUGGCUUAACUGGGCUGGAAGCAGCCUUGGAAGCCGACCCCCUCUUGAAUGAAGACGAUCCAUCUUUACUUUUCGACAAGUAUUUGAAUGUCUGUCCAGAACAAGGGUCCCGAACGAUAAGAACUGAGGAAGCUAUAUUAAUAUCGCUGGGUGAAUUGAGGAAUAAGUUACUGCCAAAAAAUCCUCCGUUAGCGAAUCCUCAAUUUCAAAAUGACCCUCAAGCUGCCGGGAAUAAUUUAUUACCAAGAAAAAAAAUGAAGACAGAAAAUCCAACAGUAUACAGCUCCGAUUCCAGCGAUUCAUCCGACUAAAAGAUGAGGUUGAAGUUUAUCGAAACUUAAUGUAAUGAAACAUUUCCAAAAAAUCACUGUUUCGCAACUUUAGAAUGACUUCAAAGGAAUUGAGUUUGGAAAAUAUAACUGUUCUACAUCAUUAUGUUAAUGUGACUGAUUUCAACCUUGCAGAUAAGGAUUACUUGAAAAUUGCAGAAGAACAAUUAGCUGAAAGCAAGAUGACCAAAUGAUUUUCCCUAAUGCUUGAACUUUAUCAUCAUGUUUUUAAUCGUAUAAAAAGUAUAUACAUAAAUUGGAAUAAAAUAACGAUGAAUCAUUCAAAGCCUCUUAGAUUAUGGGUAUUUGUCAAUUUUUUUCUAAUGCUUGUCCAAUACAGCAGUUACUGUUUCUUUUAAAGAUGCCAUCACUUUCGUAGGAUUUUCAGCACCUAUCACUGCAGUUCCAGAAACUAUCAUAUUAGCACCAGCCUGCAAUUUGGAAACAAUUUUCUUAUAAUGAUGAAAUUAAACUUUGGCGAUGAUAGAAAAAUAGAUUAUUGGCAUGGAUGAGGCUAAUGCUGUCGCAACAAAAUGAGAUUUGUAACAACUCGAACCAACGGAAGACCAAUAUUAUUAUUAAUGCAAUCGAGUGCUUACUAAGGCAAUAGGUAAUUAAAAAUGUUCAACAGACAAUUUUUGCAAUUCUGCAAGCAUAACAAGCAGCAAAAUGGAUCUGAACGGAAAUCAUUAUACUCCCAUCCCAUCCAUGGUUACAAGGAUACAUGGAACCAGUUAGUAUACUAUUUAGUACAUUGUUUAUCAUGAUCCUAGUUUGAUAUUCAGAAUGAACAUUGGAAGUUACCUCUGCACAAGAGUGUAUGGUGUUUAGCCCAACUCCUCCAUCGACUUCAAUGUCCAAAGUGGGGUAAUUAUUUCUGAGCCAUCGAACUUUAUUCAUCAUUGGUUCCAUAAACUUUUGACCACCAAAACCAGGCUCGACAGUCAUGAUGAGCACCAUAUCUGCCAUGUCUAUGUAAUCGACCACAACGUUUACUGGAGUUCCAGGUUUCAGAGCUAUCCCAACCUUUAUAACAUAAAUUGUCAGCUUCCGUCAGUAUUAUUCAAAUUAAAUGUUUCUGAUAUGUUUAGUUAA